GGGGCGCUGCGUGCCUUCCUGGGCGGGGACAGCAAAAUGGCGCCAGAACCGGUGGCGGGCUGAGGACGCUGGCGCCCCCGAAGCCGGCCCUGAGGUCCCGGCCGCCCUGGCCCCGCCCGGACAUGGAGGACGUGGAGGCGCGCUUCGCCCACCUCCUGCAGCCCAUCCACGACCUCACCAAGAACUGGGAGGUGGACGUGGCGGCCCAGCUGGGGGAAUACCUCGAGGAGCUGGACCAGAUCUGCAUUUCUUUUGACGAAGGCAAAACCACCAUGAACUUCAUUGAGGCAGCGUUACUGAUCCAGGGCUCCGCUUGUGUCUACAGUAAGAAGGUGGAGUACCUCUACUCGCUGGUCUACCAGGCGCUCGACUUCAUCUCGGGCACGAAGCGGGCCAAGCAGCUCUCCUCCGUGCCGCAAGAUCGUGCCAGUGCGAACGCCAGCUCCAGGGCCGUCCGGGAUGUGGAGGAUGAGUUCCUGUCACUGGAUGACCUUCCUGACUCCCGUGCCAGUGUGGAUCUGAGGAAUGACCAGGCCCUCAGUGAGGUCCUCGUUGUCCCCCUCCUGCCCAUGGCCCUGGUAGCCCCUGAUGAACUGGAGAAGAGCCACCACCCCCUGUAUAGCUGCCAGGGGGAGGUCCUAGCCAGCCGGAAGGAUUUUAGGAUGAAUACCUGCACCCCCCACCCAAGAGGAGCCUUCAUGUUGGAGCCGGUGGGCAUGUCCCCCGUGGGGACACUGCUGCCGGGGAGCCACCAGGAGGCUGGGAGGGCCGAGGAGCAGCCAAUGGAGGUCUCUGUGUGCAGGAGUCCAGGCCCUGUGCUGAGCAUCCCUCAGGAGCCAGGCACCUCUCCAGAAGGCCUGAUGCCCGGAGGCGGGGGUGAGGAUGAGGAUGCAGAGGGGCCAGCAGAGCUCCCUGAGGCCACAGCCCCCGAGGGCCCCCUGGAGCCCCUGCAGCCCAGGAGCCCCCAGCAGAGUGCCACCCAGCCCAGGAGGUGGGAGCUGCAGGAGCGACAGGUGGUCCUGGAGCCUACGUCCUGGCUGAAGGAGACCCCAGACCCGUGGCAGAGCCUGGACCCCUUUGAUUCCUUGGACUCUAAGCCCUUCAAGAAAGGCAGGCCCUACUCUGUGCCUCCCUGUGUGGAGGAGGCUCCAGGGCAGAAGCGCAAGAGGAAGGGCACCACCAAGCUGCAGGACUUCCACCAGUGGUACCUGGCUGCCUAUGCUGACCAUGCUGACAACAGGAGGCCCCGGCGAAAGGGCCCGUCCUUUGCAGACAUGGAGGUGCUGUACUGGAAGCACAUGAGGGAGCAACUGGAGGCCCUCCGGAAGCUGCAGAGGAGGGAGAGGGCAGAGCGGUGGCUGCCAAGGGCUGAGGCACUGUGGACUGCAGAGGAGGACCACCUGGAGGACUCCCUGGAGGACCUGGGGGCAGCAGCAGAUGACUUUCUAGAGCCUGAGGCAUAUGCAGAGACCGAGGGGUCAGAGCCUGGGGUAGCUGCAGACCCAGAAGCAGAUGCCAUGCCGGUGUCCCUGAGCUAUGAGCUGAUCCGAAGGAAUGUGGAGCUCUUCAUCACCGCCUCUCAGAAGUUCGUCCAGGAGACGGAGCUGAGCCAGCGCAUCAGAGACUGGGAGAGCACCAUCCAGCCCCUGCUCCAGGAGCAGGAGCAGCACGUGCCCUUUGACAUCCAUUCCUAUGGGGACCAGGUGGUAUCAAGGUUCAGCCAGCUCAACCAGUGGUGUCCCUUUGCAGAGCUGGUGGCAGGCCAGCCUCCCUUUGAGGUGUGCCGCUCCAUGCUGGCCUCUCUGCAGCUGGCCAAUGACCACACAGUGGAGAUCACCCAGCAGCCAGGGCUAGAGGCGGCCGUGGACACCAUGUCCCUGAGACUGCUCACACACCAGCGGGCCCACAAGCGCUUCCAGACCUACGCUGCCCCCUCCAUGGCCCAACCCUGAGUGGGAGCACUGAGACUGGGGCAGGGCAUGCAUCUGCUCAUUCCACUCCUGCUUCCUGGCUGAUCCAGCCUAAUAAAAUGGUGUUGCCACCCCACUUACUCCUUAAA